UUCUCUUUGCCUCAGUCACUUCCUUCCUCAGCCUCUUCCUCCCCUGUGCGUCGAAUAAGGUAACUGGCCCGAGCUAAGGCUGCAGCAGGUUUUCAGCGGGCAAGAAAAGGAGGCUGAGAGGCGAGCAGCAAUGAAUGUGGAUCAUGAGAUUAACCUCUUAGUGGAGGAAAUUCAUCGUUUAGGUUCAAAAAAUGCUGAUGGGAAGUUAAGUGUGAAAUUUGGGGUCCUCUUCCGAGAUGACAAAUGUGCCAACCUCUUUGAAGCAUUGGUAGGAACUCUCAAAGCUGCAAAACGAAGAAAGAUUGUUACAUACCCAGGAGAGCUACUUUUGCAAGGUGUUCAUGAUGAUGUUGACAUUAUAUUGCUACAAGAUUAAUGUGGUUGCAUAUCAUUGUUUACUGUUAUUUUCUGGUAAACUGGAAUAUUUUCAAGUCAAAGGACAAACGUGAACAUACUUAAUGUAUUUUUAUAGAACUUUGUAAACAAAAAGACAUUCUAGAAGUCUGUCCUUUUUAUAUCUUGAAAGAAAAUUUAUGUAUUACAUUGUAAAAUAAAUAAAACCUAUUAUUUUUCUCAGGAAUCUGUUUGGAAAAUGUAGACAUUGAGGCUUUUUCUUGGUGGGCAUGUGAGUGUUUCAUAAAUCAUUCUUAGACAAUUUCUACAGGUAAUUGGCAUUCUGUGAAAGCAAGAAACAAACUGGAGACCAGCUCCCACAAAGAAUAUUAUAAUGUUUAUGUAAUAAA